AUGAGCACAGCUUCGCCCCUCGCGAGGGGUCUGCAACGCAGCACCCGCAACUUCUCACGAUGCCGUUACCGUACCACACGUCCCGCGCAAGCAGGCCUCGCCACAGCCAGCAGAACCUCUAGGACAGCUACCGCCACCAGCAGGUUACCUUCCUCCCGCACCUCGGCCGUCACCAUCUUUCGCCCCCUAGGCGCCCGCACAUUUACCACGAGUAGGACACGGCGCAGCGAUGAGGAAGAAGACUUCGACCCGGCAGCCAUUGAGCGUGAAUCAGACGAGGUCGAUGUGUGUAUUGUAGGCGGUGGCCCGGCAGGCCUCAGCGCCGCGAUCCGCCUCAAGCAGCUCGCCAACGAAGCGGGCAACGAAGACUUCCGCGUCCUCCUCCUCGAAAAGGCCGGCGAGAUGGGCGCCCACAUUCUCUCGGGCGCCGUCAUCCAGCCCACCGCCAUCGACGAGCUCAUCCCGGACUGGCUCUCCGAGGACAACCCCGACCGCUUCGAGUACGCGACCCCGGCCGGCGGCGACCGCAUGCGCUUCCUCACCAAGACGGCCUCCAUCCCCCUGCCGACCCCGCCGCAGAUGCACAACGACGGCAACUAUAUCGUCUCGCUGAACCAGUUCACAAAGUGGCUCGGCGAUCGCGCGGAAGAGCUGGGCGUUGAGGUUUACCCGGGCUUCGCUGCCUCCGAGGUGCUCUACAACGUCGACGGCAGCGUCAAGGGCGUCGCGACCAACGACCUUGGUAUGGGCCGCGACGGCAGGCCCAAGGAGUCGUUCGAGCGUGGCAUGGAGUUCCACGCGCGGUGCACCCUCUUCGCCGAGGGUUGCCACGGCAGCUUGAGUAAGCAGGUCAUCAAGAAAUUCGACCUGCGCCGCGACAGCCAGCACCAGACGUACGCGCUCGGCGUCAAGGAGGUGUGGGAGGUGCAGCCGGAGAAGUUCAACAAGGGAAGCAUCACGCACUCGAUGGGCUACCCGCUAUCUAAGGACCUCUACGGCGGCGGCUGGAUGUACCACUUUGGCGACAACCUCGUCAGCAUCGGCCUGGUCGUCGCGCUCGACUACGAGAACCCCUGGGUGUCGCCGUACGGCGAGUUCCAGAAGAUGAAGCACCACCCCAUGUACAAGGAGGUGCUCGAGGGCGGCAAGUGCCUGACCUACGGCGCGAGGGCGCUCAUCGAGGGAGGUUUCCAGAGUAUACCAAAGUGCGCGUUCCCGGGAGGCGCCCUCAUCGGCGACUCGGCGGGCUUCGUCAACCUACCCAAGAUCAAGGGCACGCACAACGCCAUGAAGUCGGGCAUGCUGGCCGCGGAGGCGGCCUACGACGCCCUCUCGGCGCCCGAGAAGGAGGAGGAUGGCACCGUGUUCCUCUACGACUACGAGGACAAGCUGCGCAACUCGUCCAUCUGGAAGGAGCUCAAGGAGGUGCGCAACUUCCGCCCCUCGUUCCACACGCCGCUCGGCCUGUACGGCGGCAUCGCCUACUCCGGCCUCGAGGCGUACGUGCUCAAGGGCCGGGUGCCGUGGACGCUGAAGCACAAGACGCCGGACCACGCGGCGACGAAGCCGGCGGACAAGUUCCAGAAGAUCGAGUACGAGAAGCCCGACGGCAAGAUCAGCUUCGACAUCCUCACGAGCGUCAGCCGCACCGGCACCAACCACGAGGAGGACCAGCCGGUGCACCUCCAGGUCAAGGACUGGGACAAGCACACGCGCGAGACGUGGCCCGCGUUCAAGGGCGUCGAGAACCGCUUCUGCCCGGCCGGCGUGUACGAGUACGUCGAGGACGACACCAAGGAGCUCGGCGUGCGGUUCCAGAUCAACGCGCAAAACUGCAUCCACUGCAAGACGUGCGACAUCAAGGCGCCGAACCAGGAUAUCAACUGGCAGGUUCCGCAGGGAGGCGAGGGUCCCAAGUACUACAUGUCAUAA